GACCCUAAAAAGAUGGAGUCUCCUGCCCUUUGCCACCAUCCUCCUGUCCAUCCAUCCCACACUAACUGAAGUGGUGACUUCAAUGGCUCACUGUCCUUGGUUUCUUCUUGAGGAAAAAACACCAAAUGUCCCCGACGUCUUGCAGGACGGGACGAUCCUGGACCAGAACCGAUAUAAAGUCAUUUGCCAGACCUUCAAGAACAAGCGUCGGUUCGUGACGCUCUACGACACCCGCAACAAGAUACCAGUGUUUUCUGCUUUCAAAUACAGAGGGACAGAUGGAACAAAGAGUAACAGACCACUUUGGAGGAUGGAGCCACAGCUCGAGCGGAAGACAAACGCCAUCAACAUGAGGAACGAUAAAAAACGAAACCAAAAAAAAAACCAGGCCAGUAACUCUGAUUAUUUGUUCAGUGAUCCAUAUAAUAGGGGCCAUUUAUUUCCAAACAGUUAUGGAUUUGAUAAAGAAGACAGAGACUCCACAUUCACCUUGACAAACAUUGUUCCACAAGUGAAGAAUUUCAAUGGUGGCAGCUGGGCAGAAAUGGAAAGAUGUGUCCAAUGCUUCCUGAACAAACACUGCAUCAACAGUUUUAAUCUCCUCGAAGGCUUUGUAGUGACCGGGGCAAAGCCCGGCAACACCCAACUCAAAGAAAGGGUGAAUAUACCAUCCCUUCUCUGGUCAGCAUUCUGCUGUUACAAUCACACAAAGGACAAGUGGCUGGCAGCUGCAUACUGGGGCGACAAUGUUCCAGGAGAACAUUCCAGAAACCUUGAGCCAAAGACUUUGGCCGAACUUCAUGAGCAACUGGGAUUUGAGGUGUUUCCUGGAACACAGUGUCCUCUUCGUGAACAUGCCCUACAAGAAGAACAAAGUAGAAGAAGGAGAAGAGGUAUUUCUGCUUCUUCUUCUUUUUGCCCAUGUCUUCCCCAAACUUCAACCACAUCUGCCCCUCCCACCACCACACCUAGCUUUCCCUCUUCCACCGUCUCUACCACCUUGAGCACCACUUUAUCUACAACUACAGACAAAACAACAACAGUCCCUAUAACUCCUGCAACUACUAAACCCCAAACAUACACAACCAACCCAUUGACAACUAUUCCUGCUACUUCUGAGCCCCAAUAUAACUCCAUCAUUAUGACAUCAACACCAACUAUUCCUGCAAGUUCCGAACCCAAAACUAACUCCACCAACCAGACUUCAACGGCCUUCAUUCCUGCAAGCACUGAAUCCCAAACCAACCAAACCCCAACUAUUCCUGCUACUUCCGAACCACAAAUUAACUCCACCAGUUCGACAUCAACCCCAACUAUUCCUGCAACUUCCGAA